UAAAGAUCAUCAAGGGCAACAACCACCCGAGCCACUGCCUGUUCACACCGCUACCAUCCAGAAGGCGAGAUAUGGAUGAGAGGUCAUGUGUGCUGUCCAGCUAAGGGCCUUGGUUGCCCCCCUCCCCCCGCUGCACGUCGCCGUGAGCAUGUACCGUAGGAACGGUCUCUCGGAUGGCGCCAGCAUUAACUCCGCCUCCUCAGUGGGAAGCAGCAGCUCGGACUCUCUGGAUGGGCCGGGCUUGGACUUCUCCAAGAGUUACGAUGCCGUUGUGUUUGACGUGCUGAAGGUGACGCCCGAGGAGUUUGCUGGUCAGAUCACAUUGGUGGAUGCUCCAGUAUUCAAAGCAAUACAUCCAGAGGAGCUGGCCAGCUGUGGAUGGAACAGGAAGGAGAAACACCGGCUGGCGCCCAACGUGGUGGCGUUUACACGGAGGUUCAACCAGGUUAGCUUUUGGCUGGUGAGAGAAAUUUUGACUGCCCAGACACUGAAGAUCCGAGCAGAAAUACUGAGCCAUUUUGUUAAAAUAGCCAAGAAACUGUUGGAGCUGAAUAACCUCCACUCCAUGGUGUCUGUGGUGUCAGCCCUGCAAAGUGCUCCCAUCUUCAGGCUGAGCAAGACCUGGGCGGUAAGAGACCCUAUGAUCCACAACGUUCUUUGUAUCUUAUCUUGUACUAGAACUGAAUGGGAAUGUAGUAGAGCAAUAGUUCUCAACUGUUCGGCUCUCAACUGCUACGGUGAUUUAUUAUCAAUAUCAAAGGUGAAGGAAUAG